AAACAUAUUAGUCUAGUGAAAUGACAAUAAAUGUAUAAUAAAUAUUAAAAUAAAAAAAUUAAAAAUAUUGCAAAUUUAUACACAGGCGUAAAAUAACAGACAUAGGUUUGUUACAUUUAAUACAGUAUUUGGUGUAAAAGUGCAAUCAAAAAGCCUUAAAAUGGACUACUUGGAUCCAGAAGAAGAAUUUGAAAUGAUGCACGCUGAUGAAUUAGAAAUGAUGAAUGAAAUGGACUUUACAACCGAUGCUGUUAAAAUAUGCUCACCGAAAGAUACAAGAAGAAGUUUAAAGUUUUCUUCUAAUGAAAAAAUUGAAUCUGAAAGGAAUUUUAAUUUGUCAAGUGAAUUAAAUGGUGUGUUUCCUUUAUCUCAAACAUCAGUGGUUUCUUUUAAUCUGGAUGAUAAUAAUGAAAAUGAAGCACAACCAAGUACGUCUGUGGCUAUUAUCAACAAUAAAAGAUAUUUAGAUGUUGAAGAUCUAUUUGGAAACACAGAUGAUAUUAAUUUUGAAGAUGAAGAAUUGGAACCUGUAUUAAAGCGUCAAAAAGUAGACCCAUUAUCUGACAAAGAUAUUAAACAGCAAGAUCUAAUAAAAAAAAUUAUUGAUGAAAGAAAAAAAUUCAAAUCUGGAAAAAGAUCCAAUUUUUUAUCAUCUAUCUCUUACAAUAGUUUAAAUCAUACUCAGCCAUAUGAAAGUGUAUCGAGAAGAGUUCCAUCAUGGUCUUUUUUUCCUGCAUGUGACGGUGAAAAUCAAAGAGUAUACAUUCGUUUUCGAUCUGCAGAUGCUGUACACGAAGAAAUAUCAAGUUUAUCAUGGCAUACAAAAUCAGUACAGUUGCUUUCAGACCCUGUUGAUGAAAUGAUUGCACGUGCUUAUGAAAAGAUUGAGAAUAAUGAAGCUAUACGAUCAAGAGUGAAUCAAAAUGGUGUUAGUGUUUUGGAUAAAAGUAUCGAUAACACAGCAGAAUUAUGGGUUCAGAAGUAUAAGCCAAACAGAUAUUUGGAUUUGUUAAGUGAUGAAAGUACUAAUAGAAUGCUAUUGCAAUGGUUAAAAAUAUGGGAUAAAGUAGUAUUCAAUAAAGAAGUCAACAAAAAAAGAAAAGUUAUUGAUGUUUAUGACAAAUCAGCAGGAAAUAAGUUUACAAAAAAGAAUCAAACCUUAGAUGAAGGGUUGGAUGAAAAUAAUUGUCCUAAGUAUAAAUUAGCAUUGUUAUGUGGGCCACCUGGUCUUGGGAAAACUACUUUAGCUCAUUUGGUAGCCCGACAAGCAGGGUACAAUGUUGUUGAAAUGAAUGCUAGUGAUGAUCGUAAUCUUACUUGUUUUAAAAGACAGCUUGAAGCAACUACACAAAUGUGUUCUGUGAUGAGUAAUGAUUCAAGACCUAAUUGUUUAGUGUUGGAUGAAAUUGAUGGAGCACCUGUAGCCUCUAUAGAUUUUCUAAUAAAAUUUGCUACUGAAAAACGUGCGACUCGUAAAAAAAAAACCGAUAAAAAAGAAGAAAAAAGUUCUAUAUUAAAAAGACCAAUAAUUUGUAUAUGUAAUGAUGUUUAUGUACCUGCUUUGAGAAAUUUAAGACAAAAUGCAUUUGUAUUAAAUUUCCCCCCUACAUCUUCUGUUAGAUUGGUUGAAAGAUUAAUGGAAAUAUCAAGUUAUGAAAACAUUAAAACAGAUAUGGGUGCAAUGACUGCACUUGGCACCAAGACAAAUAAUGAUAUAAGAUCAUGUUUGUCAACGUUAUCGUGUUUUAGAAAUCAAUCAGUACACUUAUCACAUGUUAAAAAUGCAAAUAUUGGGGCAAAAGAUAUGCAAAAAGGACUUUUUACUGUAUGGCAAGAAAUAUUUCAAAUAAAAAAAAGCUGUUUUGAGAACAAUCCAAAUAGUACAAGUGAUGGUUUUUCAAGUCAUAAUAAUGUUAUGAAAGACAGAAUAAACAGCGUCUUAAAAACUGUCCAGAGUUAUGGAGACUAUGAAAAGCUUUGUCAAGGGAUUUUUGAAAAUUAUUUAAUCCUAAAGCCCAAAGAUUCAUCAUUAACAAAUAUUGCUGAAGGCCUAGAAUGGUUUUGUAAUUUUGACAAGACAAUGCAUGUGAUUAAUUCUUCUCAAAAUUACUCACUGUUUCCUUAUUUGCCAUAUAAUUUUGCUACUUGGCACUGUUUAUUUGCUACAUUUACAUGGCCUAAAAUUACUUACCCAAGUGCUGCAUAUGAAGCGACAAUGAAAAAAAAUAAAUUUAAACAAAUUAUGGAUGAGUUAAUGUCUGGUAUCAUCCCAAGUAUUCGAACAUUUCUACACCGGGAUCAAGUUUUAUUGGACACUAUGCCAUUACUUAUGCAUAUUGCUAUUCCAAAUCUUAGAUCUAUUAGUACACAAUUAUUUACUCAAAAGGAAAAAGAAGACCUUGCAAAAGUGGUCAAUAUUAUGAUUGAUUAUGGCUUAAAUUAUUUUCAAGAAAGAGAUGCUGAUGGGUCUUUUAAUUUUGUACUCAAUCCAUGUGUAGAUGAUGCAGUAAAAUUUCCUGGAUUGGAAACAUUUCCAACAUCUAGCUACGCUACUAAACAACUUAUUUCUAGAGAAAUAGAAUUGGAAAAUUUGAGGAAGAGAAUGUCCCAUGGCGAACUAAAUAAUAUCAUUGUAGAACCUGAUGGGUUUGAUGAAAAUGAAAAAAAUGUUUCUACUCCAAAAGGUGUUAAAGGUGCCAGAAAUAAGCAAGUAACACCUAAUCAUUUACAAAGACUUACACCCAAAAUUGUUGGUUCUACAAAAGUUACUAAAAAGAAAGAUUUCUUUGGUCGCGAAAUCGAUUCACCCGCUGGGCACAAACACAAAGAAUUUCGAGACGAAAUUGUGAAGAGCGACGUUUGGUUUCAUUUCAAAGAAGGCUAUAGCAAUGCAGUGAGAAAAUUAGUAUUAAUGAAAGAUCUUUACUGAACAAUUUCAUCGUACUAAAUUAAUUUUUAUAUUCAUAAUUUUUUUAAGUUGAAUUUGAUUUAAUUUAUUUUCAAUGUAUAAUUUAAUUUUUAUUAUAAUACCAGUGAUGAGUUUAUUUGAAUUAUUAAUUCUCGUAGUAUGUGACUGUUAAAUUGCAGAACAUAAUAUUUUGAGUUAGGUAAUAUAUACAUUGUGUACAUUGAGGUGCUCGUCUAAUUCAUUAGGUAAUUAUUAUACUACGCGGUUACCAUACAUUUAGAAUUUGAUCGUCGAAUAAUUAUUCUAAUGUUUUUAUAUUAGUCAUUACUCAUUAUUCACUGCAUUAUGUUGUCGAUAAGUAUUUUAUUAUUUUUUUGUUCCCCUAUAUUGAUGGCGAUAUUGAAAGUUGUAGUCUAUUGUAUGACGGCGUUUGCUUUAAGUGUAUAUAAUGUACUGCAGCUUACCGGAUUAUUAAAAAAUCAUCAGCUAUAUAGUAUUAAAUGGGGCGGUCCAAAACGAACGAUGUCACUGUACAAAAGGGAUGAUUCAAUGAUUGUAUAAAUAUUAGGGUGAUAAUAUGUUAGACUAAGGGUUUAUAUAAAAAAAAAAUAGUGGUCAAAUGUGACAAUAACAGUUAAUGAUAAUAAUAAAACGUACAUUCGAUUUAUUAUUCUUCAUUCUUGUAUACCUAUUAAUUAUUAUACUAUUACAAUUUAAAAAUAUAAUUAAAAUACUGCAGCAUAAUAAGCUAAAAAAUUAUUCCUCGAGAUUUUUAUUGUUCUUGAGCGUGAUUGUGGAAUCGUGUAGAUUUUUAUAACCAAUUAUUUAGGUACUGCAGGUUAGGUUCCCGCAAAUUCAAUUUUUAUAUGUACGAUUCCACUUGGUUUUAAAUUGCAACGUUGUCAUCACACCAAAAAUCAAGUAUAAACAAAUAUAUUAUUGUAACACCCCCCCCCCACAUUUAAAAACCACCCAAUGGCCUAAGUUGCCGCGGGUUGAUUAAUAAUAAAAAAAAACAACUUUAAAUAUUUAUCUAUUUUAAUGAAUGUUAUAUAAUAUAUAUGAUUAAUAUUAAAUAUACCUACUUGACACUUUCUCUUGACUUUUGAGAUCUUUUUACUUUAAAAUUAUAAUACAAUACAUUUACACAUAUUCCAAAUUAUAAUUUAUGAUAACAAGAGCAGAUAAAUGCCAUUAGAACGUUGUAAUUAAAUAUUGAUAAUGUUGUAAGUGCCUAAAAAAUAUUUAUUCAAUCAUUUUCAUGUGGUUGUGAGUAAUAUUGUAGUCUGUGGAUUUUUAUUUCGCAAUUCACCGGCUAUACCUAACCAACGACGUGUAUGUCGUUUAUCAUCAUACAAUUUAUAGGGCUAACGGUAACUGUUGGUAUUUGGUAUAUUUCAGUAUUUAAGAAUACCACUAUAUUGGAUUCAAUAACUACUAUUGUUACAGUAAAUAUCGUGCGGCGAUGAUUGGUGAAAAUACUGCAUAAUAAAGGAAAGUUCACAACUCUUGUCGUAGGUUACAUGACGUCAGUAGCGUAUCUAUGAUUUUUUAAGGGGGAAAUAUAAAAUUUUUAAUAGACAUUCAGUAUACACAUAUUAUAUUCAUAUUAUAUUUUUUUUUAUACAUGUUGUAUUGUGUACAAAAUUUGAUAUAAUCCCCAUAUCCCCCCCAGGUAGAUACGCCACUGCAUAACGUAUAAAAUACUAUAAAACUAAUACAACAUAAUAUCAUUACUACCACGAAUUUUUGUAUAUUUAACUUUUGGUCGUGUGGUAACAUUCUGGUUAGACUUCACUGAUUCGAUAAUACUAUAAUAGUGAUUAUUCAAAUAUAAUAAUAUAUUAUAGUGUAUUAAAUUAAAAUUUUUUAUUUAUUAGAUUAAAAUAUUAUUUCGGAAUACAUGACAUGAUUAUAUUGUGAACCCCCUAUGUAAACCCCUUAAUAUAAUUUUUUUAAAUAUAUUUGUACCAAUAUUUAAAAUAAUUAAUGUUAAGUUUGCCUCCUUCAUCAAGUAAAAAUCUAUUGUUAUAUUUGUGUGUAUAAAUGUAAUCAUAAUAUUUACUUAUUUUGUUUCUUUUUAAAUACAGA